AUGUUUGGCUGGGGCUCAGGGCUGGCCUUGCCUCCCAUCAGCUCAGAUCCUGAUAAGGAACGAGAACCUCCCUCCGACCCGACCCCCCUCGACUUCCCCGUCUACAACCUCCCUGAUGUCGUCACCAAUGAGUCCGAUUCGACCAUCCGAGACAUGUACGGCCUCUUGGCGGCCAUCAGGCGGCCACAGGAUAUCUCGCUCUCCCGGUUCCGACCCUUGAACGUCAAGAUGGACUCGGAUGUCGAUGUAGAAGACAUGUUCCCCAAAGAUCAAACACAAUCACUGCCCCCAAUGCCAUGGGAAGUGGCAGAGGAUCCGGUCGAACCACCGCUGUUGGACAACGGUGUCCGAUACCCGCCCAAGGAUCGGUUCGAGACUCUCAACAGAGAACUAUCAUUGGACAACGACGAUGCAUUUCGAGAGGUGGCUCGGCUUCCUCCUCGCGAAGGUCGAAGUCGGGUGCGGAUAUCACAGACACGAAAGUUCUGGACGGGAUUGGAGCGUUUAUCUCAGUACUGGGAUACAAGUCUGGAUCACUACUUUGAGCGACCUGCGACCCCGGAACCGACGCCAUCCGUCGACGGAGAGCAGGCUGAUGGGGACAAAAUGCAGAUAAACCAGGACAAGUCGCAAAGCCAGAUGGAUGUGGAUGAGCCGCAGGCCCCGGCAGAGGCUCCGCGGCCCUCGGUGGCCAUGUACACUGGACGACGUAUGGGUUGCGGUUCAGAGAUGCCCGAUGAGGUCCGAGAAGAGGUGGUCCGGGCAUUCGUGGAAUUGGCCGCCUGGCCGUUCGGAUGUCAGCUCACGGUGCCCCCGCUUCCUCCGCGGCUGAUGGUGAGGAGUCUCCUUUUUCCUGUGCGACAAUCCUUCCAAGCCUGCCGGUCUCCGCGCGAUCGACAAGUUGCCCGGAGCGGCAUCCUGGAAGGACCCGUCCUCAUCGCACAGUGUCGGCCAGAGACCUCUUUCCGCACGCCCGAUGAGGUUCCCGGAUCCGGGAUCGGCGAGGUCUGUGACAUCUUCCGAGAGGUCGGUGGCAUGCUCUUAGCGGCGCAGGAACGUGCCCGCGAUAGUAACAUCGAGCUGCGGCCCGGCGAGGGCAAAUGGUGGACAACAACGCCUCGAUUCGGCGGCGCGCCCAACGACGGGAUCCUCGACGAGCUCAUCAGUAACAGUCACGGGAUGUCUCUUCCAGACUCCAUGAUGGAAGAAGGCAAACCCGCCUCGCCCGCACCCGAGGCGGAAAGCGCACGGAAACGCCACAAGUUCGAGCACUACUAUGCCGCAGGACUGUCUCGCCGGCCGAGCGCGAUGCGUAAGCUUUCCAAUAACGAGAAGUGGAAGAUCCUCCAGCCCGGAACGAGCCUCUGGGACAAGCGGAUGAAGUACAAGCAGAUCGGGAAGGUGCCGGAGAGUCCGUUUGACGAUAUCUACAUGGUCUCGUCGAUCAAUCACCACAUCUCAAUUCUGCACCUUCGCGUCCACAGACGGUAUCUCGAGGUCCUCGGCAACGGCGAGAGUAGUUUCCCGCCUGACACCGACAGCUCCGGGCAACCGUGGCAUGUGCUGAAACUCCAGCGCACGCGGUGGUUUGAUUUGCUUGAUGGCAACGAUCGAGUUGAGGCCGCGAAGGCCGUGUGGAGGCUGUUCCACUACCAACUGCGGAAGGUAUAG